UAAAUAAUAAUACACUAUACAAUACACUCCCUCUCUCCCUCGGCGCUAUCGUUCUUCCUUCUUCUCCAUUACUCUAUCUUUGUUCCAAUGGAUUCUUCUUCGAUCUCUCAGUUCCGCGCCACCGCGAAUUCCUUUCUCUCCCAAUACGAGCCUCUCGCUCUGCUUCUCGCUCCUCUCCUCUCUCUCCUCCUCGCCCACUCUCUCCGCUCCUUCUUCCUCCUCCUCCGUGACAACGCUCUCAAACCCACGCUCCUAGGGUUUCUCAUUAGCUCCGCAAAAUUAGUCCCUGGCGUGAAGGGAUAUAUAGAGGCCGAAAAACGGAAGGUUGUGGAUAAGAUGCAAUCUGAUGGUAAAUCUAAAAGAGAAGGUUGGAAAACCGAGUUACCAAGCACAGGAUUAGGGACAUCUGUCCUUGAGAAAAUGACAGAGGAGAAAAUAAAUGAUGCGGCUUGGCAAGGCAAAUGCUCUGGUACAGUCUACAUUGGAGGAAGUGAAUCUGAUGGACAUUUUUCUCUGAUAAACGAGGCAUGUUCAAUGUUUGCCCAUACCAAUCCUCUACAUUUGGAUGUAUUCAAGAGUGUUGCACGCUUUGAGGCAGAAGUGGUUGCAAUGACAGCGGCACUUCUUGGAAGUAAGGAAAAGAGUUCUGGAGGACAAAUAUGUGGCAACAUGACAUCAGGCGGGACUGAAAGUAUAUUAUUAGCUGUCAAAUCAUCUCGUGACUAUAUGAAAUCUAAGAAAGGAAUUACAAGACCUGAAAUGAUAAUUCCGGAAUCUGGACACUCAGCAUAUGACAAGGCUGCACAGUAUUUUAACAUCAAACUAUGGCGAGUACCAGUUAACAAGAGUUUUCAAGCGGAUGUGAAAGCUAUACGACGUCAUAUUAACAAAAAUACAAUCUUGAUUGUUGGAUCUGCUCCUGGGUUUCCUCAUGGAAUAAUUGACCCCAUUGAAGAACUUGGUCAUCUCGCAUCAAGCUUUGGUAUUUGCUUCCAUGUGGACCUUUGCCUUGGUGGCUUUGUAUUACCUUUUGCUCGUGAGCUCGGGUACAACAUCCCACCUUUCGAUUUUUCGGUUAAAGGGGUUUCUUCAAUAUCAGUGGAUGUGCAUAAAUAUGGUUUAGCCCCCAAAGGAACAAGUGUAGUUCUUUAUAGAAACCAUGAAAUCAGAAAGCAUCAAUUUGUUGCUGUUACUGAGUGGUCUGGUGGGUUGUAUGUGUCUCCAACCAUAGCCGGCAGCAGGCCUGGAAGUCUUAUUGCUGGUGCGUGGGCAGCAAUGAUAUCUCUGGGAAAAGAAGGUUACUUGAAAAAUACAAAAGCAAUCAUGGAAGGGUCAGGAAGAAUACAGAAAGGCAUAGAGGAGAUUACUGAGUUGUAUAUUGUUGGAAGACCUGACAUGACAAUCGUGGCUUUUGGAUCAGAUGUUCUGGAUAUAUUUGAAGUCAAUGAUAUUAUGUCAUCCAAGGGGUGGCAUUUGAAUGCAUUACAGAGACCCAACAGUCUCCAUAUCUGCGUGACACUGCAACACGUGCCAAUUGUUGAAGACUUUUUGAAGGAUUUGAAGGAAUCUGUGAAAAUUGUGAAAGAAAAUCCAGGUCCAAUAAGUGGAGGGCUAGCACCUAUAUAUGGCGCCGCAGGGAAGAUGCCAGAUAGAGGCAUGGUCCAGGAAUUGCUGGUAGAUUAUAUGGAUGGCACCUGCUAAUGGCGUUCGACAUUUGUACCAGAUUCUUCUGGCAAAAUGUACUCUAGUGGACCUUCACUUAAUAAUAUCCUAUUUUAUUGUGCAUUCUUUCAUAUUUAAAGACUGAAUUGAAAAAAAUAAAUGUAUCAUUGUACAUGAAUUGAAAGAAGAGCACACGUCAUUUUGAGCAUUAUCAACGGCGAAGUUCGUUACUAUUUCGGCUGAUUGACCAUAGUGGAGCUCUUUUAAUUUUUUUUU